CUUAAAAAAUAGUUCAUUUUUUGAAAUUCAGAUUUCACUGGGAGUCCUGUACUUUUAUUCACUAAAUCUGGCAACCCUACUCACAAAGUACAUUGCCUGAGUCUACCCUGUUGGUCAGAUGGAUUUGAUUACAGCCCCUUGAGGGGAGACACCCCAGAGCUGGGAGGAGGCUGGGCGUUCUCAAAUGCCUCAGGAUCAUCUCAACACGACUGGACUCAAAAUGAAUACAUUUUGAAAUUUUGGAUGUUUCAUUUAACUUCACUUUAGGGAGUGCCCCUAUCUUUGUACCCAUCACCCUUUAGGCCCCUCACCCCUCUCACUUUCCUUGUCAUGGUCGGUGGUGUGUUGAUCAGGAAAAAGUUCACAGCAUAGGCCAGGCACAGUGGCUCACGCCUGUAAUCCUAGCACUCUGGGAGGCUGAGGCAGGUGGAUUACUUGAGCUCACAAAUUCAAGAUCAGCCUGAGCAAGAGUGAGACCCCAUCUCUAAAAAGAGCUGAGCUUUGUAGCGGGAGUCUGUAGUCCUAGUUAUUCAGGAGAGUGAAGCAAAAGGAUUGCUUGAGCCUAAGAGUUCGAGGUUGCUGUGAGCUAUGACGCCACAGUACUCUACUGAGGGUGACUAAGUGAGACUUUGUCUCCAAAAAAAAAGUUCCCGGCAUCAUCCUCCCCCUCCCCUGCCCUGUAGGGGAUUGAACCCCCCAGCUUAACCAUGUUUAAUAUGCUGCCUCAUCUUGUUUUCUGAGUGUCCACAUGUCUAGAGGUGUUUUUGGAAAGAAAGAACAGAGACAUGGCCGGGUCAAUGAAGGUCCUACCUGCCUCAUGCAGCUCCAAGGGACUGUGAUUGGCCUCCAGGGAGUGCAAUGAAGCCACAGAGUCUGUGGGGGAACAGAGGCUGUCUUUCUGGGGACACUGGAGGUUGAAGAUGGGGAUGCCCAGCUGAGAUCCUGGACAUGUUCCCCCCACCAGGCCCAACGGCCAAGCCUGAGGAGGUCUUCUGAUCAGUCCUGAGUGGUCUGUCCUGAAGGAGGCCUUGGUAGACUAAGUGAAGGGGAAGGAUGGGAAGCUGCCUGGGGCAGGCCAGUGAGGAUGAGAAGGAAGGAGCCUCAGAAGGGCCAGCCUUGCUCAAGCCUCCGAGGUCUAGAGGGGGAAUUGCUAGUGCUCAGCCAGUUGGUGACAGAGCAGGGAUUAGAGCUGGAGCCCCGGGCUUAGCCCUUUGCUCUCUUCCCCAUGCCCUGGGGCCUCAGUCAGCCACUGGUAAUUCCCUCUGCAUCCAGUGCACCAGCACUGACAUUUGCCCUUAGCUGGACAGGGACAGGGCAGGAAACUGGCAUCAUCCUGCCUGGUGUUAAGCGGGAGGCGGGGCAGCGGGGGAUUAGAAAUCUCUGAGAACAUCACAUGCUGCCUGGGUGACACCUGCUAUAGCAGCCUCACAGCCAGGAACCCCAGAUUUUUCUGGUCCCUGUGCCGGCAGAGAGGCCCCCAGGGCAGCUGGUUCUGUGGAGGGAACACUGGGGCCCCCACAGGCCAGGUAAGUGAGAUCCCUGCCCCUGGCUCUCAGCCUGCAGGGAUAGGAACUACCCCUGCUUGGAGCUCUAGACAUGGGGAGAAAUGUGGAAACCCUGGGGCUUUUUAAGCAUCUUUGGAGGUGGAGGGAGGGAUGGUCUCCUCUGAGAACUGCAUUUCUGCGAACUGCAAAUCAUGGAGAGAGAUAAGGGUGCCCACAGGGACACGUCCGAUGAGCUGUGCACAUAGGACGAAGGGUGUCCUGUGCACCCUUUGUGUCUGCUCCUUCUCCCCCCACCCAACCGGCUAUAGCCCCUGACUCCCUCUAACCUCCCCCUUCCUGCUGAAUCCUGUUGGGGGGGGCAGUCUGAGGCCAUCUAGGUAAGUGUGGAGGUUCCCUAAAGGCCCACUUUGGUUAAGGAGCUUUUUUGCAGGAUUGAGGGUUGCAGGUUCCUAAAAAGCUCCCAGCCAUACUAUCUCGCACCCAAAGGACACGUAGUCUCCCUCUGAGCAGGUAAAAUUAACCACAUGAAUGGCAGCAGGGGGGCCCAGCGGCUGCCCACUGCACGAUUGCUUUAGAAGUGGUCCAUGGAGGCUCGUAUCCUCCUCCCUCUGUGGGCAGCAGUGUUGGGGUGCCCUGCCCAAGACCCCCGUCUCUGGGCUCAGCUGCACCCGAGGGCAGCGGGACAGUCUGGAGAUUUGCAGGGCUGCUCCAUGCAUCUUUCCAGCUUCAAAGGAAAGGUGAGGAGAGAGGCCACCAUGUGUAAUCCCGGCACUUGGGGAAUGUGCCUGUCGCUUUGGGGGCUGGCCCCACUCUUGUUCCUGCUGGAGGAGGCGGUUCCUGCUGGAGGAGGUAGAUGCAGGACCUGGGUGGCUUCCGACAGGUGCCUCCUUUUCACUCCUGCAGUCAGGUCACCCCAGCGGCCAGGAUGUCCGCCCAGAGCAUCCACCUUCUGAAACCCGAGGCCUUGCACCUGCCACCUGGAAUCCCAGAGUCACCAAGCUGCCAGAGGCGCCACACACUCCCCGCCAGUGAGUUCCGCUGCCUCACCCCAGAGGACGCCGUAAGUGUGUUUGAGAUUGAGCGCGAAGGUGAGCAGCCCACAGAGGGGCCAGAGGAUGCUCUAUUCUGGUCCAGCUGUCCUGUGGGGAGGAGACCGCCUGUCCUGGAGGCUGGGUCCCAGAAUGUGCAUCUGUGUUCAAGGGGUGGGUGGUGGGGGCAAGGACAGCUAAGAGGACACUCAGGUGCAGAGACCAGAGUUACCCCUCCCCCAUGUGCCUUCACCACAGCCUUCAUCUCCGUCUCGGGCCUCUGCCCUCUGUACCUGGAUGAGAUCCGGCACUUUCUGACCCUGUGUCCAGAGCUGUCCCUGGGCUGGUUUGAGGAGGGCCGCCUUGUGGCCUUCAUCAUUGGUUCACUUUGGGACAAGGAGAGACUCACUCAGGAGUCGCUGACACUGCACAGGCCUGGGGGCUGCACAGCCCACCUGCACGUGCUAGCUGUGCACCGGACCUUCCGGCAGCAGGGCAGGGGCUCUGUGCUGCUGUGGCGCUACCUACACCACCUGGGCAGCCAGCUGGCUGUGCGCCGGGCUGUGCUCAUGUGUGAGGAUGCGCUGGUACCCUUCUAUGAGAAGCUCGGCUUCCAUGCUGUGGGCCCAUGCGCAGUCACUGUGGGCCCCCUUACUUUCACGGAGCUCCAGUGCUCCCUGCGGGGCCAGGCCUUCCUGCGCAGGAAUAGUGGUUGCUGAACCAGGCGGCCCACCUGGCCUUGGGAGAUGUGGGCAACAGCCCUACCCUGGGCCCACCCUGGCAUGGCUGAGCAUGAGACUGGCUGUGGGUGAGUGGGCAGGGAAGGGACAAAUAAAGCCCAGACCCAGCAAGUCAGAGAGGAGCGGUGUGUCCUGUCUGUCCUUGUAAGGCCUCUACUCCUGUGUUCCAAGUUCUGUGACCGAGACCCAGAUGGGCUGGUACGCAGGGAUACUGGGAAGCAUGGUUGGGUCCCUGUGUCAUUUCCUCACCAGGCAGGUAUGCAGGAAGCUCAGAGGCAAGGCUGCACGCACACAGGAGGCUGAGGACCUGGCAUGGGGGAUGGCAGGGAGCAGGACAGGGGAGAGGCAGGCCUACAACAUUCCUGCCCACCUCCGGGCAUCUGCAGUGACCCGCCUGUGUCCCCAGGCCCACCCUCUCCUCCUACUGCCCCACAGUGGCUCCUAUGCCCACAACAAUAAAGCAGGUAAACCUGCUGCCUCCCUGGUGGCUCCCUACUGUUCUGUGGAGGAUUGUGGGUGAGGCUCUGGAGCAGGGAGGAUGCGGCCCCGACCAGAGUGGUGGACAGGUGCCGAGCCUGCUCCCCAGCACCCUCUCUGCCAGGGCCCAGUUGGUCUCCUUCCUGCCUGAGCCAAGGUGAGAAUGGGGACCCCCUGAGGUCCUCUCCAUGACUC